AAAGAAAGACCAUAAAAGUUUCAGCUUGAGUAGGGGGGAAAUUCCGACACCUGCAGACGAGUCGCACAUCAUGCUUGAAGGAGGGGAGAAGAGGCAAGAAACCAACUUGAAUGAGGCAGAAACCAAAGACCAGGCUUCAAUGAGAAGAGGGAUGGGGGGAUUACUUUCAAAAGGUCUUGCAACAAGUUCCCAGUCACCUGCAGUUACUGAUGUUCGACCUGAGUGCUUGCCCUAUAACCUUGAUGAAAGCAAGAGAGAAAAAGCCUCCAGUGAAACAGAUGGAAAUACCUUUCCAGAACAAUUAAACACUUCUGAUUUUACCCCUGUCAAAGAGACUGUCAUGGAUGCUCAGAAAUGUUUGGAUGAAUGUGACGUUCUAACUGAACCAAAUAGAUAUUCUGAUUGCCUUUCCAACACCACAGUCAAUGAGCCAAAAUCAUUGCAACUUAAAUCAGGAUUAGAUAAACCACAAAUGGAUGUAAAUCUGUCUGUUAAAACAGAUGAAAUCAUAACAAGUAAUCAGUCAGAAAGAGAAUCUGACAGUUAUGAAGGCCAGCCUUUAACAUCUAUGGAAGUUAAGAAAACCACAUUAGAAGAGGGAGAUUCUGAAAAAAACAUCCAUGACAAUACCGCAGAUGCAAAAGUUUCAGACAUUAAAAAUCAAGUAGUAUUACAUGUCAUGCGCUUUGAAGCAUUAAAUCAAAAUGAUGAAGCAUCAGAUAAUGCCAGUCUAGAUGAUUCAGUUGAGAAAACACCCUCAGAGAAUUCAUCCCCUACACUUGUAUCUUUGAAAGAGACUAAUUCAGAGGACAAUUACAAGAAACCUUUGAGUGACAACAAUGCUGAGGCAAACGCUAUGGAGAUUAUCACAGAACGUAAACGUGGGCAUUCUUCCUUUUCUCGCGGACGCCCACGCAAAGAAAAACAGAUAAUCAAGUGUGAAUACUGUGGCCGCCCAUUCAAUCAUUCCUCAGCAUAUAUCAUUCAUCGGCGUGUUCACACAGGUGAGAAGCCCUUCAACUGCCCGAAUUGUGGCAAAGCCUUUGCUCAGCUCUCCAACCUUCGAUCUCACGCCAGAGUCCAUAAAUGCAAAAUUCGGAGUCGUAAACAUGGACACAGAUACCAAAGUAGAGCAACAACUGGAGAAACUGUGAACACGAGCCAAGUGAGCACGGCAGACAAAGCGGAAAAUUACUAUCAUAGUAAUCCAAUUACCUCUCCUAAAAGGAGAAGAAGAAGAGGGAGAGGUAAUCUCCAUACUUGUCCGAUAUGUGGGAAAGUCUUUUGUUACAAAUCAGUCCUUAAAAUCCAUCUACGGAUUCACAGUGGAGAAAAGCCAUAUUCUUGUAAAGUGUGCGGCAAAUCAUUUACACAGCAAUGUACUGCCCGUGUCCAUGAGAGAGUGCAUUGGUCCAUCAAGCCUUUCCUGUGUUCAAAAUGUGGAAAGGGAUUUUCUCAGAUUGGACCCUUAAAAGUACACACUUGUGAAGGUAAAACACAUCUACAUGCAUCCUUAAAAGAUAUGGAAAUGGCUGGUGUUAUAACCUUCAAAUGUCACAUUUGUAAAAGAUGCUUUGACACCAGAGAUGAGUAUGAAUUACAUCUGCAAGGACACGCAGAUGCCAAACGUUAUAAGUGUGACCGUUGUAAGCAGGCAUUUAGUGUUCUCUCUGAGCUAAAUGCACAUGGAAAGCAUUGUUUGUCCAUGAGGCUUGCAAAACCAAAGGUUUCUGGUCACAAUUCUGCUCACAGGAUGCAGCCCAAAAACUCUCUCACAAUAAAAGCAAAUCCCACAUUUUCUCAUGUAAAAUCUCCCCCAACUUCCCGAAAAGAGCUUUCCCCGCCGAAGAAGCUCAAACGAUCUGCCUCUGUACUUACUUGCACUCCUAAGGUCAUCAUCACCUCCACAUAUGAGCCACAGAGAAGCCACUUUCUCAGUCAGCCAAGCAAAUCUAGCUAUUUUGUUUCUCAGCUGAAUGGGACAGACCGAAAAGCAGAUCCAAGGAAGUACUUCUGUCCACGAUGUGGGCGAAUAUUCAGGCAUGUAGGACGACUGAGAGCCCAUAUGCUUAAUCAUUCACGGGACCAAGGCUUCUCCUGCAGUGAUUGUAGCAGGACUUUUAAAAACUGGAGAAAAUUUUGGAUUCAUCAGCGGCUGCAUAGACAGAGCAGAGGGCGCUUUUUUUGUCCAAAGUGUGGUCAAGGGUUCAGAUUUAUGGGCUUGUACAAUGAACAUUUGCAACAGCAUCCAGAAUUUAAUGCACACGUUUGUCCAUUCUGUCCUCAUACCUUCUCAAAUGCACAACUUUUGAGGAAUCACCAGCAAGAAUGGCAUCGGUCAAGUAUGCCCUACAUUUGUGAUGUUUGUGGUAAAGGUUUUGCAAGUGCGGUCAUUCUUAAGCGACACAGAGUUGUUCACUGUACAUACAAUCAAAUGGAGACAACUUACAUAGUUGAUCUGCAGCCCACUGUACAUCCCUAUGAAUGUGGUUCAUGCAGCGCUAGUUUUGAGACCCUGGAAUUGCUUUUCCACCAUCAGUUCUCCCACAAUUCUGCAGAGAAAGGACCAAUAUUAAGGAAAGGCACAAAUGUUUGGAAGCAGCACCUUGAAAUGGAGGAAUGUUCUCACUUUCAGUUAAAUCAAUCUCACCACCUCAAACAUCAUAGCCGUGACUAUUCACCCAGCUUAUGUGAUGAUCAGACACAAGAUAACAUCCUCCCAUUCUCCCCUUCAAAUGGUGCAGUAGUACCUCAUUCUUCAUCACACACUGGUCCCAUGCCUUUAAAUCUAGCACUACAGCAGCAGCAAAAAAUAAACACAGAUGCUCAAAGCCCCAUUGGGAUGUUGCCUCAUCUGCCAUCAGGUCCCCAUUCCAUUCCUCAUUCUCAAACUAAUGAGGCACAAGUGGAUAAAACACCAACGCAUGCUAAUGACAAAUGUUUAACAAUGGAAGAAUUCAAUGGCUCAAGCCAAUCACCAUCCGUAGUGAUGAAAGAGAAGAAAACUGGUGACUUAGUUUGCACAGAAUGUAGUGCUUGUUUUUCCAACCUUCUUGCAUUGCAUGCGCAUUACUUCAAACAUGCCAGAGGAGACAUAUAAAUAUCCCAUAUGAAUAUUUCUUUGUUCAGUCUGUAUGUGGUAUUGUAUGGCAGUCAAUUAUUUCUGUAGCUGUAACUUUAGUAAAUGUGUGCUAUAUAUAACCAUUAUGUAUGUGCUUUUUAAAGAAAAAGACAUCCAUCUUUGUUAAAACAGUUCUGUAGACAUUGGACUAGAAAUUCCCUGCGAUGGGCAAUUUUAUGUUAUUUAAGAGAUCUUAAAAAUGUCUGUUUUUUUGUAGUUGUAAUUGACACAUUUAUCUGAACCAGUUACUGUUAACAAAUUAAAGUCCUGACUGAUUUUGUUUAAACUGAACAAGUUUUAUGUUAUGAGAAAAUGUAUAUGCAUGUUCAAAGAAGGAUAUUUUGUGGAUAUUUUGAGUGUUUUAGUCAUUCCAAAAUGUCACACUUGGUAAGGAUUCUGACAGGAGUCAUCAUGACAUUUUAACACAUUUUCGCAUACUGCCUACUACAUAAAAUGAUUUGGACUGCACAUUCCUUUUUAAAGCAAAAUCCUAUCCAAUGUAAUAAAACUUAAAACCUGACCUGGACUGGGUUUUCCAAAAGUAUUGCAAGCUUAAGUUGAUAGUAGAGACCAUUGGCUUUUGGGAAACACAACCCAGACUUCUAAAGAAAAACUGCACUAUUUAAAGAAAUGUGGAUGAAUUUCUUUCUGUAAAUAUGCAAACAUCUGUGUUCUCUUAAAACUCAGCCAA